AAAUGACUUUUUUCCUGUCGUAAUUUUAGGCUAUGAAACAGCUUCCCCGAGAUAAAGUUCAGUUGGCUACAAAAUUUGGAUUCGUGAUGUUAGAGAAUGGUGAAUUUGAGAUUAAGGGGGAUGCUGAGUACGUAAGGAAAUGUUGUGAAGCUAGUCUGAAACGAUUGGAUGUCGAGUAUAUAGAUCUGUAUUAUCAGCAUCGAGUUGACACUUCAGUGCCAAUAGAGGAAACUAUGGGAGAGCUUAAAAAUCUGGUAAAUGAAGGAAAAAUAAAAUAUGUUGGGUUAUCAGAAGCAAGUUCAGACACUAUAAAGAGAGCUCAUGCAGUUCAUCCCGUCACUGCCUUGCAGAUGGAAUAUUCAUUAUGGAGCCGUGAUAUUGAAGAAGAGAUCAUUCCCCUUUGCCGACAGCUUGGAAUUGGGAUGGUAGCAUAUAGUCCCCUUGGCGUUGGCUUCUUUGCUGGGAAGGCAGUUGUCGAAAGCUUGCCUGCCGGAAGUUUUUUGGCACAAGUACAUCCGAGAUUCAAACAAGAGAACAUAGAGAAAAAUAAAGUCCUAUAUAUCCGACUUGCAGACUUGUCUAAGAAGCAUGGCUGCACCCCUCCUCAGCUAGCUCUCGCAUGGCUCCUCCAUCAAGGGGACGACAUUGUCCCAAUUCCUGGAACAACCAAAAUUAAGAACCUUAAUAACAAUAUUGGCUCAUUGGCAUUGACACUUAGAGAAGAGGAUAUAAAAGAAAUUUCUGAUGCCGUGCAAGUUAAUGAAGUUUGUGGCUCGAGAGAAGUACCGUUCCUAGCUAAAUAUACAUGGAGGCUUGCAAAUACGCCACCGAAAUGAUAAACUAAAUUAUAUACAUGUUUCUUUGAAUAAAAAAACAUACUAGUUAAUAAAGAAAAAAAUUAUAUUGUCUUA